UACUUUCUCUCCCCCAACCCCGCUGUGCCGGUCCCCUCUUCCCUCCUCUCUCUCGAUCUCUCUCGAUACCCCCCUAUCUCCUCCCUCGUUCAAUCUCUCUCUCUUUCUCUAGCUCUCGAAAUCGACCUCGUGGUCGGAGAUGGCUCAGAGGACGGAAAAGGAGGAGACGGAGUUCAAGGUACCCGAGGCCUUGACCCUCUGCGUCAACAACUGUGGCUUCGCCGGUAACCCCGCCACCAACAACAUGUGCCAGAAAUGUUUCAACGCCUCCUCCUCCUCCUCCUCCUCCACCACCGCCUCCACCACCGCCUCCUCCUCCGCCCCCACCACCUCUUCCUCCGCCGGCCUCACCGGCGGCCCCUCGGUCCUCAAGUUCUCCGCCGAGAGGAUCCACAGAUCGGGCCCCUUUUCCAGGUCGCCCGACCGAUCUGGUCUCGCGACGGGGAUGAUCAGGAGAGACACGGGCGCUUCGCCGCCUUCCUCGACCGAGUCAAACAGCGCCAGGAGGGAGGUGAAUCGGUGCUCCGGAUGCCGGAAGAGGGUCGGCCUCACCGGAUUCCGAUGCCGGUGCGGCGAACUCUUCUGCGCCGAGCACCGUUACUCCGAUCGGCACGACUGCAGCUACGACUACAAGGCGGCCGGCCGCGAGGCGAUCGCGAGGGAAAACCCGGUGGUCAAGGCCGCGAAGAUCGUCAGAGUCUGACGAUCUGGGGAGCGAAUCCAAAGGGAAGAGCCCGAGGAGCCGGAGGUAGAUACCGAAUUCUCAGGAGAUCGAGACCGGAUCUCGCUUUGCUUUCUCGAAAGAAGGGUGUGAUGAAGACGCGUUGGAUUGGAGAAGAGGAAGAAGGGACGUGAGGGAAUUCUAUAUGAAGAUCUGAAGAAAUUUGAAGAUCAACAAAAAUCGCUUUUGUUCUCGUUCUUCUUACCAAUCAAUCUCUGAUUAUCCCUUUUUCCUUUUUCCGCUUUGUUUAUCUUUUUUUCUUUUUUUUUAAUUCUUCUUCUUUCUUUACCUCCUCGUGAUUUUUAGCUUUUCUUUUUAUUUUUAUUUUUCAUCCUCCUGGGGAAAACAAAAUUUAAAUAGAAUUAUUGUGGUUUGCGAUGCUCUC